AUGGCUGCACAAUCAACAUUACAGCCCCGAGAGGACCCUUUUGUUACACUGUACAAAUACUACAUCAAAUUAGUUCACUCCCGAUUAAAACGUUCGUCCAAAGCAACCAAACUCAUCGGUACUAUCGCGCUCGUCCUGUCUAUAGUGGGUACUGGUUAUGGGGGCUAUAGCUGGUUCCGAGAAAGAGCGAAGGAGAAUGCCCGGGGUAGGCGACUGCUGCGCAGAAACUCGGGGAUUAAGGGGAAAGAUGGAUCCCGCACUAUAUACGUGCCCUACAGGGACUCAAUGACUUCGAAAGUUAAGAUUCAUCCAACUAAACCAACAACUUUUGACGCGCAUCGGAGGUUAUUCCUGAAUCCCCCCGCUUCAGUUCGUGGAAGCAAUGGAGAAUCAGCAAAUCAAAUCCCCCCGCCAACUACGAAGCCGGGAUUAAACCUGGCCUUCCUUCACCAAUUCCUCAGCCUUGGGAGCAUCAUGGUCCCCAGAUGGGGAAGUAAAGAGACCGGUCUUUUAAUGGGCCACGGAGUUUUCUUGCUGUUGAGGACUUAUCUGUCCCUGUUGAUCGCCAGACUAGACGGUGAGAUUGUCCGAGAUCUUGUUGCAGGCAAAGGUCGAGCCUUCACUUGGGGAAUCAUUAAGUGGUGUGGUAUCGGCACGCUCGCAUCUUACACGAACGCGAUGAUAAAGUUCCUGCAAUCGAAGGUAUCGAUUGCCUUCCGCACUCGACUCACUAGGUAUAUUCACGAUCUUUACCUCACUGGGGAUAACAAUUACUACAAAUUAAUGAAUCUGGACGGUGGCAUUGGGCAAGGAGCGGAUCAGUUUAUCACACAAGAUCUUACUCUUUUCUGCUCCGCUGCUGCGGCACUGUAUUCUUCUAUGGGAAAACCUCUGGUGGAUCUUUUUGUGUUCAAUUAUCAGUUAUACCGCUCCUUGGGACCUCUCGCCCUUGGUGGUAUUCUUACGGGCUACUUUAGCACGGCGAUUGUCUUGCGAAAGCUGUCUCCACCAUUUGGGAAACUCAAAGCUGUUGAGGGCAAGAAGGAAGGUGACUUUAGAGGCUUGCAUUCCAGGCUACUCGCCAAUGCCGAGGAAAUUUCUUUCUAUGGUGGUGCCGAUAUAGAACGGAUAUUUUUAACGAGAAGCUUUAAGGAUCUUCAGCGUUGGAUGGAAGGUAUUUACAGUCUCAAGAUUCGCUAUAAUAUGCUUGAAGAUGUCAUUCUGAAGUACGCCUGGUCCGCCUUUGGCUACUUGAUCACUUCGUUGCCAGUCUUUUUGCCUGCUUGGGGCGGCUUAGGGGGUGCUAUGGAGAUGGCUACUACUCCCGAAGCAGUCGGUAGGGAGCGUGGGCGCAUGAAAGAGUUCAUCACUAACAAACGCUUGAUGUUGUCUUUGGCGGAUGCUGGUGGCAGGAUGAUGUACAGCAUCAAGGAUAUCUCGGAACUUGCUGGCUACACAUCAAGAGUCUACACUCUUAUUUCGACGCUGCAUAGAGUCCACGCCAACGCCUACUACCCUCCACGUGGCUCCCAUGCGGAACUGUAUUCUCUAGCGGAUACCCAGGGCACCAUCCAUAAUGGUUUUGAUGGAAUCCGCCUGGAACAAGUCCCCAUUGUUGCACCAUCGCUCUACCCCCACGGCGGUGAUGACCUCAUUGAAUCUUUAUCAUUCAUCGUGCAUUCGGGAGACCACCUUCUUGUAUCGGGGCCCAAUGGCGUUGGAAAGUCUGCUAUUGCCCGUAUAGUCGCAGGCUUGUGGCCAGUGUAUCGCGGGUUGGUCAGCCGCCCGCGAGGAUUCGGGCUUGAUGGGGUCAUGUUCCUUCCCCAGCGACCUUAUCUGAGCGUGGGAACUCUACGUGACCAAGUCAUCUACCCACAUACUGAAAUGGAGACGCACGACUCAGGAAAAUCUGACGCAAAUCUCCAAAAGAUCCUGGACGAUGCCUUUUUGGGCUACCUCCCGGCACGUGAGGGUGGGUGGGACUCUCGGAAAGAGUGGAAAGAUGUGUUGAGCGGCGGUGAAAAACAGAGAAUGGCUAUGGCACGAUUAUUCUAUCACGAGCCUCGCUAUGCCUUCCUUGACGAAGGAACAUCAGCUGUGUCCUCGGAUGUUGAAGGCCUACUAUACGAACAAGCCAAGCAGCGGGGAAUCACUUUGAUCACGAUUUCCACGCGCGCAUCCCUUAAGAAAUACCACACUUACAAUCUUACCAUUGGUCUUGGAGCCCAGGGGGAGCAUUGGGAGUUUGAGAGAAUUGGGACGGAGAAGGAGAAGCUGGGUGUUGAGAAAGAACUGCAAGACCUCCGCAAGCGUCUUGACAAGGUCGAUGAAUGGAAAGCACGCCGGGAGGAGAUUGAAAACGAGCUAAACAAGGUCUGGGCUCAGGAAGGCGAGUUGGCUCCACCACCGUAUGUGGCCGAGUUGGAGGCAGGAGACAGCCAAGCAGAGGAAUCAGCGAACCUAUAG